AAAAAAGAAAAAGGGCUCAAACCCAGCACUCAUAGGCACAACGUAAACACGUGGGAGUGUUUUAAGAGCUUGUGGCUACAUUAAGGCAGAUGUUGCAGCCAGCACAGGAGCUUAAUGUUGUGUGUGACCGGUGCACAGCGACCUCUUGUAUGUGGGUCGAGCAGAGGGGUGGAAGAGGCGCUGGAGAAGGGAAUGUAUCAGGAAGGCAGAGUGCUCCGAACCCUGGAGGGGAGUGGAUUUUGAUUGACAGGAGAGGUCCGUCCUCUGGGGAAUGUGAACCAUGCAGGUGGAUGCGGCGUUUGUGCUCUUCUGUGUUUGGCUGGCGGGCGCAGCUGGGAAGAUGGUUCAGUCGAGAGGUCACAAGCUGGAAACCUACAAACAAAGCAGGUUGCGAAGAGACACCAGGAUGGAUGGCGGAGGAGGUCACAAAACUGGAAGCCCAAUUUACAAGCGAAGCCCAGACAUGACAAAAUCUCUGAUGACAAAAUCUGAGCAGCUCCUGAGAAUAGACGAUCACGAUUUCACCAUGAGACCAGCGUUUGGAGGUCCCCCAAUUCCUGUUGGUGUAGAUGUUCAGGUUGAAAGUCUGGAUACCAUCUCAGAGGUGGACAUGGACUUUACCAUGACGCUGUACCUGCGUCAUUACUGGAAGGACGAGCGGCUUUCCUUUCCAAGCACCAACAACCAGAGCAUGACCUUCGACAGUCGCCUGGUGAAGAAAAUUUGGGUUCCUGACAUGUUCUUUGUUCACUCUAAGCGCUCUUUCAUCCACGACACCACCACCGACAACGUCAUGCUGAGGGUUUAUCCUGACGGCAAUGUGCUCUACAGUCUCAGAGUCACAGUCACUGCUAUGUGCAACAUGGAUCUCAGCCGCUUUCCCCUGGACACCCAAACCUGCUCACUGGAGAUUGAGAGCUAUGCGUACACAGAUGACGACCUGAUGCUAUACUGGAAGAAAGGAAACGAAUCCCUGAACACAGACGACAGAAUAUCUCUGUCCCAGUUCCUCAUCCAGAAAUUUCACACCACCACCAAGCUGGCUUUCUACAGCAGCACAGGCUGGUACAAUCGUUUGUACAUCCACUUCACCCUGCGGCGCCACAUAUUCUUCUUCCUGCUGCAGACUUACUUCCCUGCUACUCUCAUGGUUAUGCUCUCCUGGGUGUCGUUCUGGAUUGACCGAAGGGCUGUCCCCGCCAGGGUACCACUAGGCAUCACCACCGUGCUGACCAUGUCCACCAUCAUCACCGGGGUCAAUGCUUCGAUGCCUCGGGUCUCCUACAUCAAAGCUGUGGACAUUUACCUCUGGGUCAGUUUUGUCUUUGUCUUCCUAUCGGUGAUAGAGUACGCAGCGGUGAACUACCUCUCCACCGUACAGGAGAGGAAAGAGAGGAAGCUGAGGGAGAGACUUCCAUGUACAUGCGGCAUUGGCAACCCUGAUGAAAUGAUGAUCGACCCCCAGAUCACUGGAUAUGGGUCCACAGAUGUCAACAUCACAGGAAAUUAUGGGUUGCCAGAAAACGGGGGCCGCCAGGAACGAAUUUUGGCCCAAGUGGCACUGAACGACCCACAGAUCACAGGCCAGGUGAAGGCAUCUAGAGGCUACGUGAACAUCUGGAUAGACACCCAUGCCAUAGACAAGUACUCAAGGGUCGUCUUUCCUGGAGCCUACAUCCUCUUUAACAUCAUCUACUGGUCCAUCUACUUGUAACCUGUGAUGCAUGAAAUGCUGUUUCGUGCAUGCUGGGACAGCAGGAGCUCAGCUCAGGAAAGAUGAUGCUGCACUUGAAGUGUUUGGGACAGAGAAACUGCGCAUGAGAUGCAUGGGGACCACUAACAGAUUGGUGACCAUUGCCUUCUUGACCCAGCCACUUAACACCGAUGAUUAAAAAAGAAAUAUGAGCGACCAACAAACAGGACAGUCAUCGAUAUUGUCACUUCAUCAGUUCUCUGGUUUCAUGCUGUAUCUAUAGUUCUGGUGACAGAAAGAUGUCUGGAUGCUGUUGUCGCCUGAGGGACGCAGAGAUGCACGUACAUGGACUUGUGUCACUCUUCAGGCUAACUACUUCUUUUCAGUUCUAGAUGCAGUGACUCCAAGCACAUUUUCAACACCGAAAGUGUGAACUGAAAACAUACUGACAUUGGCUAGCAUUGCCAGCAAAUAGACUGAUCCUUUUUCCUCUUCUUAUGAGCUACACCUGACAAUCAAUAAGAGACUAAAAAUAUUUAAAGGUAUAAUUUAACAUGUUGAGAAAUAUGUUUGUUUGUUAUCUAGCGGUGAGAAAGUUGAUACCACUCUCAUACUUGUAAUUAAAUAUAUGGCUAAAUCCAGUAAUAGCCAGUUAGCUUAGCAUAAAAACCCUAACCAGGUUAAACAGCCAAGAUACUUGUUUCUGUCCAGUGCUAAGCUACCAGCAUUUCUAUAAUAACUGCAGCAAGUUAAAAGCCUGGUUUUAUAGGGGGACUAGUGCUAUUAUUUCUCUACCGGUAUAAAUACUUAGCUAAUGCUCAGAAGUCCUACUAUUUUUCUACCGGUA